UGUUGAUCGUCUGCUGCUGCUAGAGUAGUUCUCGUUGGUCUUUCGGUAUUCUCCGCUAUCUCUUCUAACCCUCCAAUCCCUAUUUAGCUCCACGGCCUGGGGCUGUCCCGCCGGGAAGCUCGCAACAGGCCAGAUCGUCUCUCCGCCCGGCAUCGCGAUAGACCGGCAACAGCUGCACUAGAAUCUCAUAGUCCCAUUCUUACUCUGCUACUUCUUGCCAUUCGUCAUCUUCUCUGCGUUCGACCCAAUAUGCCUGGAGGCUCCGGGAUAAUCGCGCCGCUAAUAGUGCUGGCAUGCGCCAGUUCCACUGCCUGGGCCAGCAAGAAGGUCUUCAACAUACACGACGAUCUUCUCGCAUUUCCUCAAUAUCAAGUCCUUUUCCCCGAAGGCUAUCUCCUUGAAUCACAUGCUCGAGAACUGCUCUACUCGCAACAAGACGAAUCUUCUACUUUCAGCGACGAACAGAGAAAUUUCGGUCAAAACCAGGCCCAAAUUGCCUUGAACGGUGGCUCUCAUGGAAGCACGGGAGGGAGACUGCGGCGAGAGGAAGGGGAGCUGGUUUCCUACGAGGAGAUGGACCUCGAAGGUCAGCGAUACCUGUGUCGCAUCCCCCACGUCGACAGGGAAGACCCGAGCAAAUCAAACGGCACGCAGGAAUCGACCGAGGCGGAAGAGAAACGAGAACUGGCGCGGGCGACGGAUCGCGGGAUGGAGCUGCUGCGGGAGAUGGAGGGCAAAUGCAUGUACUAUGUGUCGGGAUGGUGGUCCUACUCCUUCUGCUACAAGAAUCAGGUGAAGCAGUUUCACGCGUUGCCUUCGGGGAGCGGGAUUCCCAACUACCCGCCCAUGGAGGAUCCCACUACGCAUUCGUUCAUCCUCGGCCGGUUUCCGCGGUCCGUAGGCGGUGAUGACGAGGCGGAGGACACGGACAGCAAGAAGACCACGGCUCUCGCCGAGCUGCAAACGAAAGGGGGCUCGCGGUACCUCGUGCAGCGUCUCGACGGCGGCACCCGCUGCGACCUCACGGGAAGAAACCGGAAGAUCGAGGUCCAGUUCCACUGCCACCCGCAAUCGACGGACCGUAUCGGCUGGAUCAAGGAACUCACCACCUGCUCCUACCUGAUGGUGAUCUACACCCCGCGUCUGUGUAACGACGUCGCGUUCUUGCCCCCGCAGCAGGAAGAAGUGCAUUCAAUUGAUUGUCGAGAGAUCCUCACGCCGGACGAGGUGCCCGAAUGGGAGGCGAUGCAGAAAUAUCAUAUGUCGCAGCGACUGGUCGAAUCCGCAGAGACCCCGGAGUUCCCCAUCGUUGGAGACAUCCAGGUGGGGGCUCAGAAGCUGGUUGGGUCCGAGGGCAAGACGAUUGAGAAGGGCCGCGUGGCCUCUGCCGGGGAAGAGAAGGUCGAUACCCUGGCCAAACGCGAGAACGGGGAAAUCCAACGGCUGUCGCGCGAGGAGCUGAAGAAGUACGAUCUUGACCCCGAGAAGGUCGAGGAGCUGAAGCGACAAAUGGAGGAGUGGGCCAAGGGUAAGGACUGGACACUGGAGGUCGUCUUAGCCAACGGAGAACGGGGACUGCGCGGGAUUGUGGACACCGACAGCGAGGAGUCCGAGACGGUAGAGACGACGGGGAAGACGCAGACCCAGUCUACAGAGAAAGGCGAGCAGGCCGAAGGGGCAAGGCAGAAGGAUGGUGCUGGGCAGAGGCAACAGACGGCGUCGACAGGAGACCAUGACCCCGAGCAGAGCCUCGAGGGUGAGGGUGAUCAGGCUGAAGACACUGAGCUCCAAAUGGAGCAAUUCUACAUGGUGAUUUGAGUGUAUGCGUGUGUGCAUUUUUGAUAUCCAGGUUUUCCCCAGUGUUAAUAAGUUGAAGCAUGAUGAUGUUCCUGUAGUCCAAGGAUAUUUAGUAUACACAGUGACCACCUGU